AUGUCGGGUGUGGUUAAUGAGGGAGAAUUGUUGGGUGCUUGCAUGGAUAGAAUUCUCUUUCGAGAGCUCUUCGAUGGCAACACUGCCAUCAAGCCAUCGACUCUGCCGGGUCGAUCGGUCCGGCCGGUCUCGCAAGGCCUCGCACCCAAGCUCUGCCGCUCAGCCGGUCAAGGCUCUUCGCCCGCCCACCACACCACACCCAGCCUGGCACUCUUGGUGGUCCUCUGCGGACAUACGGACACGUGCGAGAGACACGUGUCGUGGAAAGGCUAACUAACCAAACCUGACCAAACGCCUUACAUACACACUGGCCCUUACUUAUUA